AUGCCUCGAGGCCAGAAGAGUAAGCUCCAUGCCUGGGAGAAACGCCACCAGGCCCGAAGUGAGGUUCAAGCUUAUAGAGGUAGAUGUGCUUGUGAAACACCAGAGGAAACACCAGAGGAAACACCAGAGGAAACACCAGAGGCAACAGAAGAGUUCUCUGAUGCGUCCCAGAGCCAGCCUGGGGCUGAGUCUUCCAGCACUCCCAAGGCUCCUCAGAAAGCAACAUCAUCUGCCUCGAUUUCUCUGAGUAUUUCUUCCUCUGAAUCAUAUGAAAGUUCCAGUGAGGAAAGUGAUAAAUGUGAAGAAAGGGAAUGCCCUUUUGAGGCCAAGCCCUGCACCAUCAUCCUGCACCAUGAUCUGAUAGCCAGAAAGGUGGUGUUGCUCUUGCACUACCUGCUCUACAACUACAAUAUGAAGCAGCUUACUACCAAGGAAGAAAUGCUGAAGGUUAUCACCAAGAAGUAUGAGAAAUACUUUCCUGAGAUCCUCAGAAAAGUCUCUGAGAAGCUUGAGGAAAUCUUUGCUGUGGAAUUGAGGGAAGUCAACUCCAGUGAGCCCUCAUACAACCUCAUCAGCAAGGUGAAGCUCCCCAACAAUGGGAGGAUCCGUGCUGGCAAAGGCCUACCAAAGACUGGUUUCCUGAUGAGUAUCCUGGCUAUCAUCAUCGUUAGGGGCAACUGUGCCAGGGAGGAAGACAUCUGGGAAAUCCUGAAGAAGAAGCAAAUCUAUCCAGGGAAGAAGCACCGUGUCUUUGGUGAGCCCCGAAAGCUCAUGACCCAGUAUUUGGUGAAGCUGAAGUACCUGGAGUACCGGCAGGUGGCCGACAGUGAUCCUCCGCGCUAUGAGUUCCUGUGGGGUUCCCAAGCCCAUGCUGAAAUAAGCAAGAUGAAAGUCCUGGAGUUCUUGGCCAAGAUAAACAAAACAGCACCUAGUACCAUCUCUGCCCUUUACGAAGAGUCUUUGAAAGAAGAGCAAGAACAAGCAGAAGCUAGAGCUGAAGAUGAUUCUGAUGCCACUGACCAACCAAGUAAAGAUCCUCCAGUAAAAUUACCAGCAAAUUCUACCAUUCCUGAUGACCCUUGAAGUUUUUCUGUAAUCCAGAUAAGGAAAUAAAGCAUCACAAAGAGAAUUGUUUUGAAAAUAUGAAUUAAUCUUAGAGUUAGUAGGUCAGUACACUGGGAGUAGCAGGGGAUUAAAACAUGAUAAAGUCUAGUUUUCUUUAAUUGCUUUCAUUAUGUAGUUUGAUAAAGUUAAAUGCAAUAAAUGCAAUGAAAUAUUUUUG